CUCAGCGUGAGACGACCUCUCGACACUUGCGAUGGCUACUCGCCGGACGGCCCUCCCGCGGGGCACUCGCACCUCUACACGCCCAACCAACACAGCCGUCAGUAGCAGGGCCAAACCGAGUGCUUCAAGAGCCUCUUCCGUCGCUCGCUCUGACUUGCCUACCCCCGUGCAGGAGACGCCGAUCCCACCACAGCCAACUAGAACUACUAGGUUGACCACUGCAAGUGGUAGCCAUGUUACUUCAGAAUCCAACAUUCAGGAAAAUUCUCCCAUAAUUGUCCAGGCAAGCGGGGCGAAAUGCCAGGACAUCACCAUCGAAACUGCUACUCCCUCGUCCAACCUAGGCGUUGUCACACUUCCCCCUACCCGUACAUACCCUUUUGACAUGGUUUUUGGCCCGGAGGUGGACCAGGCUCUCAUCUAUAACGACGUUGUUGCGCCCAUGCUGGACGAAGUUGUGCAGGGAUACAACUGCACCCUUUUUGCCUACGGACAGACGGGAACGGGGAAGACAUAUACCAUGCAAGGCGACCUCACACCCACACCAAUGGGUAAUCCUUCCGCACAAGCCGGCAUGAUACCCCGCGUUCUUUUCCGCCUUUUCCACCAUCUCGAGACUUCUGUCGCAGACUACAGCGUGAAAAUCUCCUUUAUUGAGCUCUACAACGAGGAGCUACGAGAUCUGCUCGCUCCCGAGCUGUCUGCGCCGGCUGGAUCAACUCAGCCCAUGAGCCACGGCGCAUCCAAAGACGGUGCUGCUCCAGGUGGCCUUAAGAUCUUUGAUGAUGCCAGCAAGAAGGGUGUUUUCAUCCAAGGCCUCGAAGAGUUUACGGUAAAAGAUUCUACAGACGCUCUCGCACUCCUCACGAAGGGCAGCCAACGGAGGCAAAUCGCAGCAACCAAGUUUAACGAUCAUUCAAGUCGUUCCCAUUCCGUGUUUUCAAUAACCGUGCAUACCAAGGAAACAUCUCAUAUCGGCGAUGAUACACUUAGGGUUGGAAAGCUGAACCUCGUUGACCUGGCCGGUUCCGAGAACAUUGGACGCUCCGGUGCACAAGACAAACGUGCUCGUGAAGCAGGCAUGAUUAAUCAGAGCUUGCUCACCCUUGGUAGGGCUAUUAAUGCUCUCGUUGAUCGCUCGGCCCACGUCCCUUACCGCGAGUCGAAGCUCACUCGCUUGCUUCAAGACUCUUUGGGAGGGCGAACGAAGACAUGCAUCAUUGCUACGAUAUCUCCCGCUCGCUCAAACAUGGAGGAGACUCUGUCCACUCUGGAUUACGCCAUCCGCGCCAAGUCAAUCAAGAACAAGCCUGAGGUCAACCAGCGUAUGACUCGUAACGCACUCCUUAAGGAGUACGUCGCGGAGAUUGAGCGUCUGAAGUCAGACGUCCUCGCUGCUCGGGAGAAGAACGGCAUUUUCUUCUCUGAGGAGCGAUGGAUGGAGAUGACGGCUGAACAGGAGCUAAGGGAUACCGAAAUGCAGGAAGCGAGGAAGCAGGUUGAGAUCGUCGAGAGCCAGCUCCGAAACGUCCGUGAGGAAUUUGAGCAGAGCAUGGCUCUGCUCAUGCGGAGAGAUGGUGAGCUCAAGGAGACGAAAGAAAAGCUGCAGAAGAGAGAGACGGAUCUUAAAGCGACCGAGGGGAAGUUGGUAGCUGUCAAGGGUGCCUUGGAGGAAGAAGUCGUGGUCCGACAAGCAUACGAAGAGAACGAGGCCGCCCUCGACGGCGUCGCAACCGGUCUCAAGACCGUCGCUCAUCAGAGCGUUGAUGAUCUUGGUCGCUUGUUCGGCAAGCUUGAGCGCAAGACGACUGUCUUUACUUCAAACGUGCAGACGGUUACCACGCACACCCGCAAAAUCACCACAGAAUCGCGGGAGUUCUCUUCGAAACUGGACGACUUUGUCAAGGUCUCGAAUCAGCAUAUAACGAACAUCCGGACGGAGACCGAACAGUACCGCGCGAAAGAGCUCGAGACCUUGGCUGGGAUUUCUGCACGGAUAAAUCAGCAGAUCGAAAAGGUGCAAGAGGCUCUGAAGAUUAUUCGUGCGAAGGAGCUUGCUUCAGAUGAGGCCACCAACGCGAUUCACACAACCAUGCAAGAGACGCAGGAAGGCAUCAAGACCGCUCUCGGGUCUUGGGUCGACACCAUGCGACAGCACUGCGAGGAAACUUGUAAAGAGGUCGAGGCGUCAAUGACCGCAAGCUGCCUCACUGUUGAGAAAGCCUUCAAGUCGCUCGGUGCUAUCACCGAGACAGUCUUGCAGGAAGCGCACGACUACAUUACCUCAGAACAGAAGUCUCUACAGGAGGGCAAGGCAUUGGCGGACAGCACAUCCAAGGCCGAGGUCGUCCGGUUGCGGCAGCAAAACGCACUUCUCACACAGCUACUAGAGUCGGAGAAGGUCAGGGCAGAUCAGGCAAAGGAUGAGCUCUUAAAGCGUAUAUCCGGCCUCUUGGUCAACUUCACUGCCGAGCGGGAUCAGAGCCUACGAGGAGCGUUUGCAGAGAUGUCUGAGAGCAAUGCUGCUGCGGAAGCUGGUAUGGUCAAGCAGGGAAAGGAGCAAGGCCAACGGCUGGACGCUGUGAUCGGAAAGGGUACCGAGUGGAGUGAGACCCUUGACCGACGAGCAGGCGAAGGAAAGCGAACUCGUGACGGCGCGUUCAAGGCCAUCGCGAGUACGAGUGCUGCCCUUCGGGAGGGCUUGGCGGGCGUGCGCGACACAGUCUCGUCGUCGGUUGCCAGCUUCUCUGCGGAUCUUCAACGGCAGAUACAGUCAUCCGAGGCCGCCUAUACGGAUGCACAUGAGAACCUCGGCAGAGCUAAACGCGCCCGACUCGAUGCUACAGAAGCCAUGGUGACAGAUGCGCAGUCUGGAUACCGCUACAUGGAACGCGGGGUCACGACCACGUCGCGCAAUGCAGAGACAAUGACGGGUCAGGUAGUCUCAGAGGCAUCGAGUCUCUCACGGGCCCAGGACACCUUCCGUUCUGCUGCUUCCAGCCAUCUCUCGGAGAUCUAUCAGACCACCCAGACUUUAGCGGAUCAUGGUGCCCGAGAAGACAUGCCGACAGGCACUACACCCCGGAAACGCAAUUGGACGUUCACGGACGAGUGGACAUUGACUGAGAGCCGCGAUAUUAUCUUGCGAGACUGGCGGCGGCGAGGGUCGACAUCCUCGCAGCCGGAGGAGGUGGUACGGAUGUCUUAAGCGAGGCAGAUGAGCAAGACGAGACGAUCACCAUGGCCUCACCCCCAAUAGUCGUCAAAUCACCGGGCUCGUCAACCGCGUUUUCGUCGUCAUCGUCGUCGUCGUCAAUGCCCAUAGUACCACCCAAAGAGAUUAAGAAAUCUCUUGGUAGGCUCAAGUCGGGCUUGCCCGUAACACGGGGUACGUUGACGGAGAGGCACACAAAUGUUCUGCCACGACCAACGAAACGGACAAGGACUUGACUUAGACUACAAGUACCGUUGAUCAUCUAGUUUUGUUUAUUGUUAGUUAUACCCGCUUCCUCAAAUUCUUUCGUCUUUCAACUUU